UUGUAAACAUCACCGUCUCAAAUCGGAAGACAGCAGAGAUAGUCGUUCUUUUUAGUGAUAUGGGGUUGAUGUAUUUGUUUUUGGAUGCAUAUACUUUACUUAACCAUGUUAUGGCAAAACACGUGUGAAGAGGUUUGAUAGGUGUAGCCCGUGUAAACGCUAAAACCCGACUGUUGCCUGUAUUAUUCUAAAAGACUACGGGACGCGUGUCAUCUUCUGACAAGAAAAACAUGAACAUAGAUGACUGACAUAGAAGACUGCAAACGACUGUAAAUGUACCUGAUUCUUCUGUCACGGGGGGCUUAUUUGUCUUUUCUAAAGUGAAUCAGUGAGCCGUUUACACAAUGAGCCGUGAGACUCCAAUCAUCCACAGCUGGCCUGGCUCCUAUUACAUUAACAGUGAAAAGCGAUGGGAAAAUGGCAUCUUGUCUCUCACCAGGACCAUGGUAUCCUUCAUCUCCAAUCAGAGCAAAAACACUCUUGUCACUUUCCGGCUUUCCAGCAUCGUGGAGAUCAAGAUGGAGUCAUCAAGUUUUAUCUUCAGCACACUUACAGUGCUGGAAGAGGGCAAUGUCAAACACUGGUUUGGUUCCUUAAAGCCUAACAGGAUUGUGGUUUUUAAUGUGUUGGAACAUUUUUGGAGAGAACGCCUCCUAUCUACUGGUAUAGACUCCCACAGGAGUGGCCCUCAGUCCUCUAAAGGCAGAGAGCUGAUCAACCUGAUGGCAGGGGCCCAACGACAGUUGGAGGACACGGGCAAAGUGCUGAGUCAACAAGGAGAGCAGUUUGAUAAUAUGAUGCAGGGGCUGGACAAGAUUGAUUCGGACCUGGGCGUUGCUGAUAAACUGUUGUCAAAGCUGGAGUCUCCUCCCUGGUGGCCUUUCGGUAAACUCCCCUGGAAGAUGCAGCAGGAAGCCAAAGCUGAGGACGCAGCAAGAGCUGCAGCUUCUGCUGUCUCUGCAUCAGCUGGCAGAGGGUCUGGUAGAAAUAAAGUGAUCUCUAGCAUUCCUGAUGUGGUAUCCAAAGGUAGAGACUGUGACUUGAAGCCAGGAUGCUUGUUAGUGCUUGUCUCCUCACUGGAGGUGCGAGACACAAACUGCCAGCUCCUUCAUCGCUUUGAACGGAAUGAAAUUGAUGAGAUCAAUGUCACGAGUCCUUAUGAGAUUGCUGUUAGACAGCGGUUUAUUGGGAAGCCAGAUAUGUGCUACAGAAUAUUGUCUGCCAAAAUGCCUGAAGCAUUAUCUGUGUUAGAGAUGCAGUACAAAAAGAAGAUUGAGUUCACGAGUGAAUUCUUUGCAUUCAAGGCAACACCUGCUUCCUCUCCAUGUGACAAAGAAGCAGCUAACUGGAGUGAAGGCUUGUUGCAGGGGUGCCAAGAGACAGAUCUCCCACUGGAGGUCCCAGCAGGAGAGCUGUCCCAGCUGCAGGUGCAAGUCCUCCAACCAACUGUCAGCCAGGCUGAGGCCCAGGAACUAAAACAGAUGUUGAUGCAGCUGAAGAACCUUGCCCUGGAGGCAGAGACGGAACUGGAACGUCAGGAUGAAGUCCUGGAUGUCCUCACGAGCUCCACAGAUCGAGCCACCAUGAGCAUCGACAAGCACACCUGCCGUAUGAGGAGACUGCUGUAGCUCUGACACUCCAGCUGAUGCAUGCAGUCACUGUUUCCCCCCCCCGAGAGACUCAGUAGAAGGAAUGUUCUUAGAGGAGACUGGAAAACUGCAGUAGGGAUGUGCACAUGCUCCGGAAUAAUUAAGAUUUUAGUGAUUUACUUUUAGUUGAUUUGUGAUGUUGUUAUUUAUUGGUAGGAGAGUGCAUGGCAUCAGCCAAGUCUCCUUAGUUAAUCGAAUCGACAAGACAUUUCAUUGGUCCUCAGUUAUAAUGGAAUUCCAUGAUGAUCAACUGCCACUGUUUUUCAGUUUUUUAUUAAUUUUCUUGGUUUAUUAUUAGACUGGCGUCCUGAUGAAGUACGCUGACAGAUUGACUUUGGAUGUUUGUCUUAGCAACUGUGGCUCGCAUUUGUUUCCAAUGCAUUUAACUGUAGAGACAGAAGGUUUAUUGCCAUUUUUU